AUCCAAAAAGUGCUGGGAGGCAUUUUAGCAGCUUGGUCUCACGUCAGUCGCUGUCGUCUUGGUCACCCCUUGCUAGCGCCUGUAGCGAUGAUAAGUCUGAUGUUAGCUAACAAGUGCGUAGCUUAGCAGCUCAGUUAACGUUGCUGCAAUUUAAAGGUGUGCUUAUUGUCUCUGUUACAUCUCGUUGGAACAGUCAGGUGAUCCAUGUUUGUCUGAUCGAGCCAACAGGGAACAUGCUGACCGCACAGAGGGCAUGUGCAGCGCUGGCUGCCCGGCGCCUGGUUAGAGCCUCUGUCUGCACGCGCACACAGCGCUCUCUGAUCCACACGUCCACGCCCUGGCGGGACCAGACUGAGCUGCAUCCUGAAUGGGCUGCUCUGGCCAAGAAACAGCUCAAGGGGAAGGACCCAGCUGAUCUGAUCUGGCGCACGCCGGAGGGAAUCAACAUCAAGCCUGUGUACACCAGAGCAGACACAGCUGGCGGUGCUGAUGAAUUGCCAGGAGUGUUUCCCUAUACUAGAGGGCCUUAUCCCACCAUGUACACUAACAGGCCGUGGACUAUCAGGCAGUAUGCUGGAUUUAGCACCGUGGAGGAGAGCAACAAGUUCUAUAAAGAUAAUAUUAAAGCCGGACAGCAAGGUCUUUCUGUCGCUUUCGACCUCCCGACACACCGGGGGUAUGAUUCAGACAACCCCCGCGUCCACGGAGAUGUCGGCAUGGCCGGAGUUGCCAUAGAUACAGUGGAGGACAUGAAGAUGCUGUUUGAUGAGAUCCCACUUGAGAAGAUGUCUGUCUCAAUGACAAUGAAUGGAGCGGUUAUCCCCGUGCUGGCAAUGUUUAUUGUGACUGGAGAGGAGCAGGGUGUGUCCAAAGCCAAAUUGACAGGCACCAUACAAAAUGACAUUUUGAAAGAGUUCAUGGUGCGCAACACCUACAUUUUCCCCCCGGAGCCAUCCAUGCACGCCAUUGCUGACAUCUUUGCUUACACCUCCAAGCACAUGCCCAAGUUCAAUUCGAUAUCCAUCAGUGGAUACCAUCUUCAGGAGGCUGGAGCUGACGCCAUCCUGGAGGUGGCCUACACCAUCGCUGAUGGCCUCGAGUAUUGCCGCACUGGUCUGAAAGCCGGGUUAACCAUCGACGAGUUUGCCCCAAGGCUGUCAUUCUUCUGGGGCAUUGGGAUGAAUUUCUACAUGGAAAUUGCUAAACUGAGGGCAGCCAGGAGGUUGUGGGCCACGCUCAUUAAGGACAAGUUCCAGCCCAAGAAUGCAAAGUCUCUUCUCCUCCGCACUCACUGCCAGACUUCAGGCUGGUCCCUCACCGAACAAGAUCCGUACAACAAUGUGGUCCGAACGGUGAUUGAAGGCAUGGCGGCUGUGUUCGGGGGCACCCAGUCACUCCACACCAACUCCUUUGAUGAAGCUCUGGGCCUGCCCACGGUGAAGAGCGCUCGUAUUGCAAGGAACACCCAAAUCAUCAUCCAGGAGGAGUCGGGCAUUCCCAAAGUGGCCGACCCCUGGGGGGGCUCGCACAUGAUGGAGUCCCUCACAGAGGAUGUGUACAACACAGCCAUGAUGUUCAUUAAAGACAUUGAAGAGAUGGGAGGCAUGGCCAGUGCUGUGGCAGAGGGCCUUCCAAAACUUCGUAUUGAAGAAUGUGCAGCACGUAGACAGGCCCGCAUUGACUCAGGAACAGAAGUCAUUGUCGGUGUGAACAAGUAUCGUCUGGAGAAAGAGGAGAGUGUCGAGGUGCUGGCCAUAGAUAACACGAUUGUACGACAGAAGCAGGUGGCAAAACUGAAAAAGGUGAGGGAAACUCGUGACCCUGUGGCAGCAAUGAAGUGCCUGGCAGCCAUUGAGGAGUGCGCCCGAACCAGGGAGGGCAACCUUUUAGGCCUGGCUGUGGAGGCAGCUCGAGCCAGAUGCUCCGUUGGUGAAAUUACUGACGCCAUGAAGAAAGUGUUUGGUGAACACAAGGCGAGCACCAGGAUGGUGAGCGGGGCUUACCGCAGCGAGUUUGGGGAGAAUGAAGAGAUCGCCAUGACCCACAAUAGAGUUGUGGAAUUUAACAAACACGAGGGCAGGAACCCGCGACUGCUGGUGGCAAAGAUGGGACAGGAUGGUCACGACAGAGGAGCCAAAGUGAUUGCCACAGGGUUCGCCGACCUGGGCUUUGACGUUGACAUCGGCCCACUGUUUCAGACUGCCAUUGAGGUGGCCCAGCAGGCGGUCGACGCAGAUGUUCACUGCGUCGGGGUGAGCACGCUCGCUGCAGGACACAAGACGCUGGUCCCGGAGCUCAUCAAGGAACUAAGGAAGCUCAACAGGCCAGACAUCCUCGUCAUCUGCGGAGGUGUCAUCCCACCACAGGACUAUGAAUUUUUGUACCAGAGCGGUGUCUCUGCCAUCUUUGGUCCAGGAACCAGGAUCCCACAGGCUGCAGUGGAGGUCAUUGACAACAUUGAGAAGAGUCUGGAAAACAUCCGACAGGCCAUGUGAACUCUUUUGAAAAAAUAAUAAAAUAAAUGGGGUAAAAAGUGCAACUCCAACUAAAGCUGUCUAUUCGUGCUGUGUCGCAAAAAAACAAUUGAGUUAGGACUGAGAGUGAACUCUUCUGUACAGAAUCAGUUUGACGUGUGGCUGUGAAAAACAAGCAUGUCCUUCCCUGCUGGGAGUUCGCAGCGUGUGCCGCAGUCAAAGUCAGUAGCAACCAGCUGUGAUGUCAUGGUUGUCUAAAUUCUCUGUACAUCAGGUUUGAGUUUAUCACUAAUAGGAUCCUCACAGUUUGCUGUACUUCACAAAGGAAAGAAUAUCUCAUCACAAAAAUUGUUUAGUUCUCUAUUAUUGUUUGGGAUGACAUAACAUCUAAAAAAAACCCGUCACAGAUAGUGUCUUUGUAACCUUUUCAAUGGUGAUUUAUUCAAUACUGUGGAGUCUGCUCAAGUGUGAAUUGAAGGAUUAAGUAUCUUUGAAAUCUCAUAAUAAAAGCGUGAACCUGGACUAUUGAUUAACACUAAAAAUUUAAAUGUGAUGUUCUUUAAUUGUAAUGACCAUACUAAGACUGAUAAUCACAUGAGAAUAGAUCAUGAUUUACAUUAAUGCAAAUGAGGAUUUACUGUGUGCCUUGAGGUGAGCUGCUCAGCAAUUUUUGCCCUCCAGUAUCAAAUGUACUUCAGCAAUAUAAACCUUGGAAUAUGAUGCUUCCAUCGUGACUUUGCUAUUCAUCUAAAUAAUGCAAUCUAUAUAAAACACAAGUAAGCCCUGUAAUGGUUUUAUUUUGAAAUGUAUGUGUGUUAUUUUCAAUGACAUAGCAGAGUGCCUGUGUUAUUGACACAGACAUUUCAUAGUGUUACAUUCCAGGGUUAAUAAUGCCAUCCAGUAUAAAACACAAUACAACAUUAUAAACAUUAGAAUAUGAUUAUUUAUUAUGAAAUGUGUGUAGCAGAGUUUGAUUAGUGCAGUGUAGUGGAAAUAAAUUGUCAUUUCAUAAUAAAAGCAUUACAUUCCUGGGUUUAUAACAACAUCCAAUAUAAAACACAAGCAGCAUUAUGAGCAUAGAAAUGUAUUUUUAUUAUGUUGCAUUGUUUUAAUUUCUUUCUUUGCUGCAUCAAGUUUCAUUUAACCAGCUUCUGUUUAUAUAGUCAUAGACAGUAUUUUUCUUUGUGAGAUGUUGAAUCAGAUUCAGCGCUCUGCUCAAAAUAAAAACGUGGACUUGUA